UGUUAGAAUUGUGACAGUAGUCCCUAAAAUCUUCAUCUUCACAAGCCUUAUUUGCUUAAUGAGUUUUCUGAUAUUUUGCUGAAGAUGUUCCAUAGUUAGUGUGUCCCAAGUUUUAUUUCUAGGAUUUCCUCUGCCGACUGAUGGGGCAGAACACACCACUGAAAACCCUGCCACGUUCAUUGCCUUCAAAGGUCCAACAGUUUCUCUCCUGUGUCUCUUUGCCACCUAUUCAGUCUUAUGCUGAGAAAAGACUUUCCACGGUCAUAUUUCUACCACCAAUGAGCUCACUGAUAUGUGACCUUCGAAGCACUGAUAGGGUCUAUCUUUCCACAAAAUGCUCUCCUAGUGAUCAUGCUUGUCUCAGUAUACACUUAUCAGCCAUAUAAUGAGCUAGGUUUUAUUCAAAGGUUUUCCACCUUGAUUGUAUCACAGUUUAUUCCUGUGUGACAUAAAAUAUGACAUAAUUGGUCGCCGAAGGCACUACCACAUCAUUUGCUCAGAAUUUUCUCUGAGCAAAUUCUAUCUUCUGCUGAUGGUGCACCUCUGGCACCUGGCUGUUGCACGAUGGACACGUUCCUAACUGAUAGAAGCCCACUGAAGUGUGAUGAAAUCUUUGAGCUGCCACAGAAGACAUCCGCACGGUCACUGUACCAACAGGGUUUUUCUCCUUUAUGAUAUCACUUUGCUGUGAUGAACUGUGACUCUUACAGAAUGAAUUUUCCAACUUGGCUGAACCUACAUGUUUCUUUCUUGCAUGUGGCAUUCUCUUAUGACACACAAGGCAGGACAAGUUGAAGGCUUUUCCACAAUCAUCGCACCGAUAGGAUUUCUCACCUGUACGAGUUGUUUGAUGUCUAUUGAGGCAUGACUUAUUUCUGAAGUCUUUCCCACAAUCACUGCUUGUAUAAGGUUUCUCUCCUAUGUGGUGGAUGUCGACAAGGUGAGUUAAAAUUUUAUUUGAAAAUAUAAAGGGCCAAAAAAAGCAAAGUCAUUCUUAAGAAAAUGGUAGGAGACCUUGCUUUAUCAGGUUAUGACUUAGAAAGCUCCCAUAGCUAAAACAGUAGUAUUGGCCCAGGAAUAAACAACAGAUCAUUGGAACAGAACAGCUUUUUAGAUCAGAGCUAUACAGAUACAGACACUUGAUUUAUGACUUAUGGCACUAUCAAGCAGUGGAGAAGAGAUUGACUUUAAAUCAUGCUGCUGGGACAAUUAUGCGGAGGGGGCAAAGCCGACCCCUGUAUCGCAGUGUUUACAGAAACAAAUGACUGGGCGGGUCGUGACUAUUAAGGGCACACAGGAUCCUUCUUCGAUGUAUCAGACACAGAUAAUAUUCUCUUGUGGACUGUAGUUGUCACGGUUCGAGCCACAACCCUUUUUGUCCCAGUCUUUAACGCCUCAUUGUGUCUCAUCACGAAGCACACAUCCAGAGCCCUCUCCUCUUCCGGAUUCAGUUCUAGUCUCUUAAUGCCCAUUUUCCCAAACACGUUACUGAAAGUUCCCAAAUUACCCUCCACAAGACCGUUUUUACUGUACGGACGCAAAAGUUUUCAAUAUGGCCGCGUCUUCCCUGCGGUUUCUGAAGGGCUCUGAGAGAGCGCGGGCGCGGCCAUGUUCUGCCUGUGAUUGGUUUAGUUCUCGGGUCCGAUCGAAAGACUCCGGGCGAGCGUGCUGAAAUGGUACUAAGCAUGCUUGACGGUGCCGACAGCCGCUGUGGAAGUGGAAGAACCAGAGGCAACAGGUCCUCAAAAUAAGAGACAGGAUGGGAUGAUCUUGAACGUGGCCAAAUGGGCCCUCUCGCUCCCCGUAGGCCAGGUAUCCAAGAUGGCGGCGCGCGGUCGAAGAUGGCCGCUCCCAGCACACCGUCAGGAAAACGGCGCCGGUCAUAAUGCCCCGCGGGAAUGCCAACGGAGACUAGAAUCAGCGUUCCGAGAUACAUCGUUCGCUUCCAAAUGCCCUUGAGUCUGCGCAACAGCCCGCGACGCGAACCCGCAAACGGCGGAGCGGAAGCGGAAGCGGAAGUUGCGUGCUGAAGCGCGGCUUUCCUCGCGAGGUCACGUUUGGCGGACAGAUGCUGGCUUUCUAGUAUGAGGUAGCUCCUGUAAAGGAAAAAAAGUAGAGCUCAAGUCCAGAAAUUAAUCCUUGCUGAGGAUACCGUUGAUGAGACACCAGUAUCAGGAUUUUAGGACAGAUGCCAAAAGCGGUGGCCAUGUUCUGAAAGCUGCUAAAAAUGACCAAGUUCCAGGGCUUAUUGUCAUUCAAAGAUGUGGCUGUGGAUUUCACCCGGGAAGAGUGGCAGCUACUAGACACAGUUCAGAAGAACCUCUACCGGGAUGUGAUGUUGGAAAAUUAUAGCAACCUAAUGUCAUUGGGUUAUCAAGCUGCCAAGCCAGGAGCUGUGGUCCACUGGGAGAAAGAAGAACAAGGAAUGGUAGAGAGGGAAUUUCCAAGUCAUUUUAGCUCAGAAGUAAUAUGGCAAGUUAAUGAUUGGUAUCAGGAAGAUAUUGUGAAAGACAAACCUGUGGAGAGAGAUCAUGAAAAUAAUGCACUGGGGAAAAUAUUUUCUCUCAGCAAAAUUUUUUUCCCAUUUAUAGAAGAAACCCAUAAAUGUGUUUCAAGAGGAAUAAGUUUGAAACAAAAUUCAGAUUCAGAUUUUCAGAGUAAAAACUAUGUAGAAACAAACUCUGAUGAGUCAGAUGGUCCUGGGAAAUCAUUUUUCCAUUCUCUACAUGAACUCUCCCAUGCCCGAGCCCAGUAUUACGAACAUAAUUUACAUGUGAAGGCUUUCAGCCCGGUGACAAAUCCUAAAAGACACAACAGAAUUUGCACAGAAGGGAAACCUUAUGAAUGCAGUGAAUGUCCAAAAUCCUUCAGGUAUAAGUCAAAGCUCAUAAUACACCAGAGAACUCAUACGGGAGAGAAGCCGUACAGAUGCAGUGAAUGUCAGAAAGGUUUCAGUACAAAAUGUCAUCUCACUCUUCAUCAGAGAAUUCAUACAGGAGAGAAACCGUAUGGAUGUAUCGAGUGUCAGAAAUCCUUCAGAACAAACUAUCAUCUCAUUCUGCAUCGUAGGACUCAUACAGGAGAGAAACCUUAUGAAUGUAAAGAAUGUGGAAAAGCUUACAGGGAGAAGACAAAGCUGAAGUUACAUUACAAAAUGCACAGAGGAGAGAAACCUUUUGAGUGUAGCGAUUGUGGAAAAGGUUUUAUGCAGAAGUCAAACUUGAUUAUCCAUCGAAGAAGUCAUACAGGAGAUAAACCCUUUGGGUGUAGAGAAUGUGGAAAGGCCUUCUGUAGCAAGUCUCAACUUGUUGUUCACCAGCGAAUUCAUACAGGAGAAAAAUCCCAUGAGUGCAGAGAAUGUGGGAAUGCCUUCUAUAAAAAGUCCCACCUCAUAACACAUGAGAGAAUUCAUGUAGGAGAGGAACCUUAUCAAUGCCGUGAAUGUGGAAAAGAUUUUAUACAUGUGUCACAACUUAUUCUACAUCAGAAAAAUCAUAGAGGAAGAAGACCUUAUGAAUGCAAGGAAUGUGGGAAAGCCUUUAACAAAAAGUCACACUUUAUAACACAUCAGAGAAUUCAUACGGGAGAGAAGCCUUAUGAAUGCAGUGAAUGUGGAAAAGCUUUUAUAGACAACUCACAGCUUAUUGUUCAUCGAAGAACUCAUACAGGAGAGAAACCGUAUGAAUGCAGGGAAUGUAGGAAAGCUUUUAAUAAAAAGUCAUCUCUUAUAACACAUCAGAGAAUUCAUACAGGAGAGAAGCCUUACGAAUGCAGUGAAUGUGGAAAAGCUUUUAUAGACAAGUCACAUCUCAUUGUCCAUCAGAGAACUCAUACAGGAGAGAAACCGUAUGAAUGCAGUGAAUGUGGAAAAGCUUUCGUGCGAAAGGCAAUGCUCAUCGUACACCAGAGAACACAUACAGGAGAGAAACCCUUUGUCUGUCCUGAAUGCCAAAAAGCUUUCAGCAGUAUGGCAAUGCUCAGUAGACAUCAGUUGAUUCAUACAGGAGAGAGACCCCACAGAUGCAAUGAAUGUGGAAAAACUUUUCGCCAAAAAAGCCAUCUUAUUAUCCACCAACGAUGCCACACUGGCGAGAAACCCUAUAGAUGCGUUCCAUGUGGUCAAAUCUUUAACCAGAAGUCACAGCUCAUUAGACAUCAGAGACGUCACACAGGAGAGAAACCAUUUCAGUGCACUCAAUGUGGGAAAUCCUAUUUUGAGAAAUCAUACCUCAGUGACCAUCAGAGAAGCCAUGCAGGAGAGAAACCUUAUCAGUGUAGUGGAUGUGGGAAAACUGUCUCUGUGAAGUUCUUUCUCUCUUCACAUGAAGAAAUUCAUAUGGGAAAGAAAUCUCAGAAACACAUUGAGUGCUGGAAAGACUUUAGUGAGAUGUCAAAUCUCUGUGAAUACAAGAGAAUUAACACAAGAGACACCCUAUGAAUGAAAGUUAGGAUACUUUUUCAUUAUUUUUGGCCUUUGUAAGUUUCAGAAAACUUAUUUAGGAGAGAAAUCUCUUAAAUGCAGUGAAUAUAGGAAAAUUAUUUGCCACCAACACAGCCCUACAUUUCAUUAGAGAAAGGCAAUACAAAUGAGUUAAAAAGUCAAAAUCAUUUCUGGAGAAGAAAAAUCCUAUUAUACAUCACACAUAAAUGAAACCUGAGUGCAACAAAUAUUUUUGACACGUGAUUAUAUUCAGUUUUCACUGAGAAAAAAUCUCAUGAACGUUGUGAAUCUUGGAAUACCUUCCAUACAAAUGAGUUUUCAUACCAAAGAAUACAGAUGAGUGAAGACUUGUGAAAAGGGAUGACUCUGGUGUGAAGUUCAAAUCGACUGCGCAUCAGGUUAUAUUUAUUAAGGAAAAUUAGUAUAGUGUGAUGGUGUAAAAGGAUAUUUACAUAUAAACAACAUUACAAUAGAAGUUUUGUUCUUAAUGUAUUUAUAUUAAUGUAUUUUUAAUGUAACAAAAAAGUAGUCAUUUAUGAAAAAGCGACAACUUUAGCAUGCCAAAGGACACUUUGUUUCAUGCUUAAAUAUACUGUAUAGUCAAAGCAGUAAAUUAAAGGUCCCGCGUGUGUGUAUUUGCUUUGUGUCUGAAUAUUUUUAUAGAACGUAUAUCAUCACUUUUGGAGAUCAUAAGAUGAUAGGAAAGUUUGUACCGUGAAAAUCUUGUUCCAUUUUUAUGUGUGUGAUAUCCAUAACAAAUGGCAACGUUGUAAAUUUUCGUGUAUCAUAAAAUGCCAGUGUAGAUUUCUUCAAGGGAAGUAAUUAGGCUUAAGAUUAAGCAAGACUGUAACUUAACGCCAUUUAUAUUUUUGUUUGUUUUAUACAUACUGUUUACCAGUAUACAUAAAUGGAUGGUAGUUCUUUUCAGCCUUUUAGAUUAAUAAACGUUAA